AUGCAGCCCCAAGCAGAGAUAGCGGGAGGCAUCGAAAGCCAUUACGACAGCGUUGUAGCCACCCUCAGACGCGGGUCGAUAUUCGGUAUGGGGUUCCAAGUGUUGGGCAGGGAUAACUACAAGUGGUUGGACAAGGUUGCCGGAACAGGGAUGACAGAUCGACUGGCAAGUUUUAGCCAGGAUGCAUGGAAGCUCUGGUGGAGCGAUCGCGUGUUUUACAAUCUACUCAUGGACGGUGUGGAUGGUGUGGGUGGCCCGGCGGUCUAA